AUGAACGACGUGACAACCUCCUCGGUCUUCCUGGAUUCUCUGUUCAUAGAUGACUCUCUGAUCACAUGUGAAGUAUGUUUCGAAGCAUUCAAUCAUCAGACUCGCCCUCCGAAACUCCUCCCCUGUGGACACAAUUUCUGCGAGUCGUGCAUUUUCAGUCUAUGUCUUCAUCAGGAGUACUACCUCCUCGACUCGAUCAAAUGCCCCACAUGUCGUCGAGAAUUCACAAUGAAGACUGCUCGUCAAGCACCCACCAACUAUGAUCUUUGCAAAAUUCUUGAAAACUUGUGGAAACGAAAAGAGCAGAAUGUGACAGUGAUUGAAGUACCUGACAAAUCUUCCGACCUUCCUCCACCAAUGAAAGAAGUUACUGUAUCUCGCAAAAUGACGUCAUCUCUAUCAGCUGCCACAUCGACUGAACAGAAAAAUCCACGCCAUCAUCAUCAUGUGAGCAAGAAAAUGAAGGCGUUGGCGAAGAGAUCGGAGGAGAGCAAACAUUUGAAAUGUGCGGAUUGUCACAGGAAGAUCUCGCAGAAGAACUUAUUCCGAGUUUCCAGAUAUUGUGUCGAUUGUACGAGUACUAGUCGGAUGACAAUCGUGUGCCUGGAAUGCUGUGUCAACCAUCACAAUGGACACGAACUUCUCACCGAAGACGCCCUCCAUCACAACCAACUGAAAACUAUCACGGAACUCCGAAAACUUCGUCACAAAAUCCUCGAUAUCUCAGAUGAAUUCGACACUCGUUCAGAAGAAAUCAGAAUGUCCGGAAUGGAGGUCUGCGGAUCGCUGGUAGCUGAGAAGCAGAGUCUUUUGACCUACACACUGGCUUCAAUCGAUGACGUCAUGCGACGGAUUGAGACCUCUCCGAUACUAUUCCCUCCUGUUUUGAGGAGUAUCAGAGAUGAACAAUCUCAUAACUUCUCUAGAUUAGAGAAGUUGGGAAUUCAGUUGGAGAAGUCACUGGUGUCAAGAAAAAACACCAAACCGACAAGUCUUACAUUCAUUGAAAAUAUGAAUGAAUCAGAUAUCCAGGGACCUUCGGGAUUGGGACCAAAACCUCCAAAAGGUGUCGGUCUCAGCCUAAACCGAUCCCUCUCACUCCGCCAAUCAAGAGUCUCCCUUCGUGGAGACAGAGAUGAUUCCCUCUUCCAUGAAUCCAUUGCUUCCCUGGUCCGCCUGAUGCAUAAACAUCCAAUGUGUCUUCAACUGGACUUCCAUCACUCUACAGUAAACCCAAAAGAUACUGUAGAACAACGAAAGCAAAAGAUUAUGUCAUGUGCCCACGCGACGACUUGUAUGCUGGAUAUCGACACUCAGAUCUCGAUGGUUCCCUUGUUUGCUGACGUCUUAUUGAACUGCUUCUACCAAUUGAAUCGUCUCUCGAAGAACAAAUUUGUUGGAGACAAGAAGUCGUUCAGAAGAAUUGAUAUCUGGAAACAGAUUCAGGAUAGUUAUACGGUUCUGUUUGGUAUCACUGCUAAACACUUCCCAUCUCAUCAUCCGGAGAGAGUCGACAUUUUGGACGACUUGGCUUAUUUAUGUCAUUUGUACAGUGAUGUGGCAGAUCAGGGUACCGUAACCAUCUGCCUAAUCGAAGCCGCCCGUGCUCGUGCCUCCGACCCCACUGGACUCUCCGAUAUCGAGCAACAGAGAACUCAGGAACGUCUCGAAUUGAUCGAUGAACAUCUCACAGAGUGCCGUCGCCUUCAGAAGCUUCUCGAACUCCGGAAAACUUCGAAAACCAAGAAAAGUGGAGGGCUGAAGCGUCUUUUCGGUGGUUGCUUCACUUCUCAGGAGUUGGUUAAUGAAUCACUUGUUUAUUGA